AUGAAAUCAAUGAAAUAUGUAUGCAAUAAUAAUUAUAUGAAAAAAAAUAAAAUUUUUUAUCACAAUUUAUUUAGUAUUAAUAUUUUAAAAAAGUUAAAAAAUGAAGAGUUAAUCAAAAAUUUUAAAAAAUUUUAUUGUGAAAAAUUUACUUUUAAUGUUUCAAAAAAAUGUAAAACAAUUAAUGAAGAUAAUAAAACACAGUUUGCGUUAGAAAGUAAUAAUACUAAAAAUAAUUAUAAAAAUAUUAAAGUUAUUGAGAACGAAAAAGAUGGUGAAAAAGCUGUUGAAGAAAUAAAUCAAAAUGACAUAAUUGCAGUAGAUUUUGAGGGAACAAAUUUAGGUAAAUAUGGAAAAAUAUGCAUUAUGCAAGUUUAUACGGAAAAAAGGAGUAAGGAUAAAUCAGAUGAUGAAGUGGUUGAGAAAUAUUAUAUAUUUGAUUUGCUAAAAUUAUCAGUUAAAAAUAGUGUAAAGAAAAUAAUUGAAAAUAAAAGAACUCUAAAAUUAGUUCACGAUUGCAGAGAAGAUAGCUCAGCCUUGUAUAACCAAUUAGGUAUAAAAUUUGAAAACGUUUAUGAUACAUCAAUAGCUCAUAUGCUACUAAUGAAAAAAAAGAAAAACAAUGAUUUAUAUCAAGUAAGUUUUUUGCAACUUCUGAAUGAUUACUUGGGAGUUAAAGAUGAAUGCCUAAAUAAUAUAAAAAAAGAAAUGUAUAAAAAUGAAAAAAUUUGGGAAAUGAGGCCAUUGAGCAAAAUGUGUAUUAUUUACGCUUUAAAAAAUGUUAAGUAUUUAUUACCUUUGUACAAAAUUUUUGAUAAUUUGAUUCCCAAGAAGGAAGUUUUGGAAAAGUCAAGAGAUUUUAUAAACUAUUGUUUCCUUAAUUCUCGCUAUAAAUCACCAAAUGAUUUAGCAAAAAGAGGAAAUAUAAUAGAAGCCAUGAUGGUAAGCAAAUCAAUGAUAAAUUGCGUUUUUAAAUUAAAUAGUACAAGAAAAGGUAUGGCAUGUACUCCUUCAUCUGUUGCACAAUUUCGUGAUGUUAAUGUAGGUGAUGUUGUUUUUUGUGUAGUUAGCAAUAAAUCAAUAGAUCAAAAAAUUUUAUAUUUGUGCAAACAUGAUGAUGUAUAUGAUUACUGGAAUUUGAAAGAAAGGCCAAGGGGUAAAUUUAAGCCCUCCAUACAUGAAAAUAUUGUUGAUCCUAUGAUUACAAUAUGUGAUGAAGAACUUUAA